CGUCACUUCCGGUCCCGAGGGGGCGGGGAAGAAGCCGGAAGUCGGAUGAGCUCUGGCGGUCGAGAUGGAGGAGAGCGAGUACGAGUCGGUUCUCUGUGUCAAGCCGGAGGUCCAUGUCUACCGCAUCCCGCCGCGGGCCACCAACCGUGGCUACAGGGCGUCAGAAUGGCAGCUGGACCAGCCAUCGUGGAGUGGCCGGCUACGGAUCACUGCGAAAGGGAAGGUGGCCUACAUCAAGCUGGAGGACAGGACCUCAGGGGAGCUCUUCGCGCAGGCCCCAGUGGACCAGUUUCCUGGCCCAGCUGUGGAGAGCGUGACUGACUCCAGCCGGUACUUCGUGGUCCGCAUUGAAGAUGGAAACGGGCGACGUGCUUUUAUUGGGAUUGGCUUUGGGGACCGAGGGGAUGCCUUUGACUUCAACGUGGCAUUACAAGACCAUUUCAAGUGGGUGAAACAGCAGAGUGAGUUUGCAAAACAAGCCCAGAACCCAGACGAAGGCCCCAAAUUGGACCUGGGCUUCAAGGAGGGCCAGACCAUCAAGAUCAACAUCGCAAACAUGAGAAAGAAGGAAGGAGCAUCUGGGACACCGAGAACCAGGCCUGCCAGUACAGGAGGGCUGAACCUGCUUCCCCCUCCUCCAGGGGGCAAGACCUCCACCCUCAUCCCUCAGUUGUCUGCCGGGGCUUCUCCAACCCAGCCGGCAGCUAUUUCUGGUUCAGGAAGUGCCACAGAACCCUGGCCACAGUCUAAGCCUGCUGCCGCCGCCACUGCUGAUAUCUGGGGUGAUUUCACCAAAUCCACAGGGUCACCCUCCAACCAGUCUCAGCCAGGCACCGGCUGGGUCCAGUUUUGAUGCACAACCUUUUCUUCAUGACUUCUGGGAAGGAGCCGCCUCAUCCAGGCCCACAGAAGGAGGCAAAGCGCUCCCUGGCAGCUCCUGGAGCAUCAUUGCCCUCCCCUUGCCCGGCUCUCCUGACAGCCUGAGCACACGAAGCAGUGAAUGGGCGCCACAUCACACUGUUGUGGAAGUCCAGGUGCUGCACAGCCAGGAGACAGGAGCAGACACUCCAGGGCCCCCCAGCCCAUCCUUCCUCCUUGUGGGAGGGACCCAGACCUACCUUCUUCCACGAAGUGAUCCUUAUUAAACACAGCCCCUAAAGCACAGAUUGGGUUGAAUUUGUGGCCUGGGGUCAGCUCUGCCUGUCGGGUUGGCAGGAGUCCCAGAUUCACCGUUGGGCAGGGGAGUCUGCAUGCUGUUCACACUAGCCCUUGUUGGGUACCUUCCAGAGGAGUCCUUCCUGGUUGCUAGCAAAUUUUUGAGCUGCAGCUUGAGUGGACUGUUGGGGACACUGGGAGGAUAAACAGCUUUUUGAAAAUGUUAAUACAUCGCUCUACUAAUAUGCUGACCAGCACUAACGUGCCCUUGUGAGGGACUCACCGUGGCGGGCGAGGGGCUCUCACACACCCUUCUCCCUUCUCUGAACCCCAGAGGCAGCAGUGGAAAUCAGCCUGCAUACCUGGUUUCCAUGUCUUCAACCAGUCUCCCCCUCAGGUAGGGCAGGCUCUGGAAACCUGCUGGGCUGUGUUGUGGGGAAGUUGAAACAUCAUAGACUGGGCCAGCCUGCCUGUCUUCUGCUUCUGCGCUGGACUCAGGUUCAGAGUCCUUCCCUGGUGGCUUCUGGAGGGAGCAGCUAUCUGUAUAUACCCUCUUUUUCCUUCAAAGACUGUGACAGAAGAGGAGCUCUGUCAGUUGGAAGUCCUGGCCAUCAGGAGUAGUGAUUUAUAAGAAACCAUUGUCUCCUCAGUGCCUCUCUGAUGUUUCUUAACCUUACCUUCAGUUGAAAGGUUUCUUUUUUGAAGGGCUAAGACUGUGAACUGAAAGACGUUUUGACCUUGUGGGACCAGAGUUUUCAAGAUGAAAAAAAAAAUAAAUGUUUUUACUUGUGUA